UUGCCCCGCCCACCAAUCAGGUUUUCUGACCUCCGGUUGUUAGCAUUGAUUCGUUGCUUGUCCACUUCACUACCUUUCUUGGGAACAAUGGCGGAAUAAUUCCAAUAAUAUUUAACAAUUUACCCAUAGAAAUGGUCGUGCUGAGGUGUGUUUGUGUGAAUCGUUGCAAGAUAUGCUUAAAAGGUUCAAGAGCCCGCCCAAAGUUUGUCAUCGUCCCCCUGCUGGAAGAAUGUUUGUGGCCUCGGCGAAGAAUUCAACUCAUUUAGUGGGGCUUGGUGGACCCGGUGAUGCAGGGCCAGGUUGUACAGGUGACCGCCAUUACACCAGCUACUACUACCAGACCAGCCAGACCUGACGAAGACCUGAAUAAAGCUAGUGGCCUUUUCAAGAGGCGGAAUGAAAAGUGCAAGGCAUCUCUGUGUGGAAGAAUCACGGCUCCUCGGUCUGGCACUCAGUGGUGGGAGCUCUCGUAGCCUUCUGGCAGAGCGUUGGUGUGGGGGUUGUGGAACAGCGAGUGGUUGCCAUCGCCCCAGGGGAAUUUCUGUUAGCAGACAGUGGGGAGCGAUGUCUGAAUUAGCCAGUAAAUCUCUGCCUACUUCUGGAACUAUGUUUGCUGUAAAUAGUCUUGAGGUAGUGUCAAGUAGCGGGCGGCUUUUUCAUGGGAUGCUGCUCACCUUGGUGCGGAUGCGGAGGUGAGGGUAGGGCACAAAUUCUGGCUGAUCAUGCGAGUGCUCCUGCAUCUUCAUGUAGGCGUUUGCCAUGCACACGCCGACGCCGGGUAUGGCCAAGAUGAAGGUCAGAAUCUUCCAGGUCCUCGCUGUGGAGUCAGCAGAUUAAAUGUUUUUUAGGCACAUUGCCAGUUGUCCCACUAUGGAUUCCAUAUCAGAUUACCAUCAAAUGUGAAGAAAAAGAAUUUGGGCUGGCUGCCAGCUCUCAUGCUUUAAAGUUCAUGUUCAGCUACAGGAUAUCUAUCCGUGAGAAGCCACAAUAAGAGUCCAUUUGUGUCCUGCAGGGUUCAGUCGACGCCAAAUUGGUUAACGUAGGCCCGCUAUUGGCAGGUUUAUGUAUGUGUGUACAAAGCAGACUCUUCACCUCAUAAACAUUAAGGUACAAAAAUACACUAGUAGACCGUGGUCCAUCUGCAAUAUGUUUGGAUUUCAAGUGUAAGCUAACAAUCCUUCAUACUGAAAUGUAAAAAUAAUAAGCAGUCAGCAUGAUUUGCACUGUUUGGUCUGCUGUUCUCCGCUGUCUUUUUUUGCAGCCCUGCAGUGGACUCCUCUCUUCUGCUCAUCUGGUCAGCACACCUGCAUCUCAUCUGCAAUUCGGCCUCCUGAAGCCAAGCGGCCCUGCUAGUUUUUGGCCAGAUUGUUGUGAAUCCUUGCCAGGAUUUUGCGUGCAUCACUCUCCUUCAUGACACGCUUGCUACAGGUACUCUUUUGCCAUUUUCCCAGGCUGUAAAAUGUUGACCCUUUUUUAGUAUCUUCCUUUAUUUUGCUACUUUGACACUACACUCGGUUGUGGGUCAUAAAUUGUUUAAUGUAAAAGUGAUUUGUGUGGUUUUUUUAGUGUAAGUGUGAACCUGCUACUCUCAUGGAGAUUUUGAGGUACUUGGAUGUAUAUCAGGAGAGUUCAUCCCUUGAUGCUUAAACAACAGAGGCUCAAUGAAUUUGUUCAACUUUUGAGGUCUGUGUGUGAGAAUGUGAAGUCAUCCUGACCUCCUCCUUCGUGGCUCGAAUGUGACGCAGCAGCUAGCAUGCGUCGGGCGACCGAGGUGGCCGGAGACAAAGACAUCUGUGGACACCAAGACCGGAGAUUGCAGAGUGUAUCGUUCAAGACAAGUCAACGUCUUGGGGGACAAUAUCUAAGCCUAAAAUUGUCCUGUACAUGGCAAAGGAGAGGUCUGAAGCAGCGCCUACACAUGUCACUGCGUCAACUAAUGAAAAACACAAAGUCAACUUACUGUGCUUCAGGCAGACGAGAUUUAAUGGGCUUAAUUUUCCCUCCCAGCAACUUUGCGGCUCUCUUAACUUUCCUUCCUGCUUGUUUGUCCUUCAGUCUGUCCUGAGGUGAACCGGGCAUGGCAGGCUCCUCCCCUCCCAACCUGUACCCGUGCCAAGAAACUUGAGUUUAUAUUUGGGCCGAGCACACAGGCGGGCAUGGAAGAGCGAGAGUAGGCGUGUCUCUGCUUCCAGGACAGAGGUCUGUCAUGAAUAAUGUUGAAACUCACGACUCACCCCAAAGUCAGAUCUGUGGGUGAGGAAUAUGUCUCUGCAUGUGCACAUGCCGUGAUAAAACACUUCAAAUUUUACAUGCUGUAUCUUAUCAAUGUUUUGCAUACUGCAUACUUCCGUGGUGUUUGUGGUUGGGAGGUGUUCUUGCCGUGUCGGACCAGCAGGAGGCCUUGAGGACAACCAGGACAUGUUGGGAGGAACUGUAUGAAAUCGCCGGGGAGAAGGAAGUCUGGGCUGCUGCCCCCAUGACCCGACCCCGGAUAAGAUGGAUGCAGCCAAGAAAUGGAACACCCUAACCUGGGAACCACCAAUAUUAUAGUUGAAGCUGCCUACUAUCUUGAUGUGCGUUUCCAACCGAGUAUAAAGACAGAUGAUGAUGUCUUCAUUUCAGUGUUUAAUCUUGGUUUUGUGCAAAUUUGGUGAUUCUUUAGUUGUCUCCAUCUGGCCACUUUCAAACGGACUGACUCAGCCAUUGGUGAUGUCAGCCGGUCAUGCAAACAGUCUGAACGUCUCCGGCCUUGUUAUUGUGGGAAGAACUUCCACGCCACCGUGGCCCACAUUUCCAUAUGCUGCAGGUGUUCAAGGGCCAAAUUUGUUGUUAGUUCCCUUUUAAACUAUAAGGCUCACACUGAUUCAUGAAUGCAUAUGUUAGCCUCUGCUUUGAGCUCGGACAGGCUACAUAAAGCCCAACACUAAUAUUGUACCCCCCCCCCAGCAGGUGGUCCACGCUGACUGGUGACCAUAAAACUGCCAGUAAACCACUUGACGGACACAAACGGGGUCUUUUAACUCAGCAGUGUUACUGUUCAUUUUUAUUGAAUGGUUGGCUCAAACACCUGAAUGUUAUUUUCAUCUGAUGCUCAGCUAACAAGAUCUUGUGUACUUGACUUUUGGCCUAACGGGUUUUCUUCUCUUCCAGCCUUUAAGUGCACAUCAGGACGGGCGCGUGGAGUCGUCAUUUGGGGGCGUGCAGUGUUUCUAAUAGGACAGACCACCAUGAAACUACCAUCCAGAUGCGUCUCCUGAAACGUCUCUCUGGCUGAAUGAGCCGAUACAGUCCACCUUUGUCCCAGCGUACGUCUUGACAGCCGUGACUCUGUCUGGAAGCGUUGGCAUGGCCAAGAACACGGCCAGACCCUCACGGAUGAGACCGUGGCUUUUACUGCCAGGCAAACGUGCAGACCAGACAAAUGUUUAGAGGUUAAACCUAAGUGGGAAAAGCUGAUUAUGAUUUCGGAAUGAGACUUCCUGUAGAGAUGGCAUCGGACCAAAACGGGCCUCGGUGUGACCCACCAGGACCAACGCAGAGGGCAGGAUCGGUCAGUGGGAGGGAGCCAGCGGUGCCACACAGCGGCCUAUAAAAGUCGUGAUAUGCAUCCAUCAUUUCAUCUGGUCUCUCCGCCGUCAUGUUGUAUCCAGCUCUUCUUCAAGUCGUGCUGCUCUUCUGCCUCAUUCAGCAAACGCUGCAGGGCGGGAUUAAACCACAGAGCAUGUCAUGGGGGAGGAUCCUGCCAGCCAGAGGUGUUGGCAUUGGAGCCAAAGGAGGAGGAGCUCUGGGCAACAGAUAUGCCAACAAGCCCUUGAAGGCUGGAAUCGGGCAUUACCCAGUUACCAGUCCUCUUGGAGGAGGAGGUUACCGACCUCUCGGCCUGGGAGGUGUGCCAGCACGGCUGCCUGCUGGCUAUGGAAACCAUGGAGUCUACGGGGCUGGUCUUGGCACGGGAUUGCCACUGGGGCUCGGACCUGCAAACGGACUGGGGAUGGGCCACGGAGGCAAACGUGGUAGGACGAGCCAUGGUAGAGCUUAUGGCGUUGGGCCCCUUCCAGGAUACGGACCUUUGGCUGGCAUUGGCUACCCUCCAGUCAAACCAGGUGUGUCUGCGGCAGAUGUGGGAGGAUUGAAGAAGGCUGCUCAGGAUGUCAGAGCAAAAAGUGGAGCCCUCGAUGCCUUGCUCGGAGGCCCGGAAGGAACUCUUGGAGUUGAAAGGUCCAACAAGGAGAGAGGAAGUGCUCUUGGCCCCGCAGCUUCUGAAUUAAUCACAGACGAUAGCUUUGCACCCGCGGUGCUGCCGACUGGAAGAGAAGCUAAACGCCUUGACCCGAAACUGAAGGCAUCAAGUCUCGGGCCGGCCAUUGGGGCUCAAGGUCUUGGUCCGGCUGUGUCAUCAGCGCCAGCAGGGGGAGCUGUUGAUCCUUCGGGUUUGCAAAGAAAAAUGAGUGCAAAUCAUGGAGCCAUGCGGACCACCACAGGAGCUCGAAAACCAGAAUCUGUAUAUGAGGACAAGCUCAUAGCGAUGGCUGCUCCUGCUUCUCCUGCUUCUCCUGCACAGAGCGCCAGAGGAAACGCCUCAUCUGGUAGACAACGGCAGAAAAGCAAGAACUGUGGAUACCCCUUGAUUUUGGGAAACCACGGAACUCGUGCUCCUCAAGCUCCAAGAUCUGAAACCUUUGGUCUUUUACCAUCCUCGGACACUCGAAACUAUCAAUUAGCUCGCUUACAACGUCCUAGCAUUGCUUUAGCCCCGGAACAGAGGAGGCCAGACGUCCUUGGGAUCCCAGCUAAAAACGCCAAUGAAGACAAACUCAGUGGCACUUUGGGCACGCGACCAUCAAAUCCUCAAAUACAGGAAGUGCCAAGAAAUGUACCCUUGACCCAAGAGGCAGGUUUAGGUGUCGCCCGGGCUGGAGGGCGGGAAGGUUUUAUUGCUAAUCCAGGAAACUAUCUUGGAUCAGGCCUUGUCCCGGGGGCUUACGGACCAGCUUUAGGCCAGGGAGCGUACCUGGGAGCAGGCGAGAAACAUGGAGCUCCAGCUGCUGUCGGUCAGGGAGGAUACACCAAAGGUCCUGCAGGCGUGUCAACAGGUUAUGGCAGCAGUGCAGCAGGAUACCUGGGUGCUCUUUCAGGCAACGGCUACGGUUAUGGGAAUGGUUACAGGAACCCUUAUGGAGCUGCCUUGGGUACAGGAGGCUACGGUGGACAGCCUCAGGGACCAUACGGAGGACUUGGUGCUGGAGUGGACCCGGCUGCUGGCAAAUAUGGAGGAGCAGGAGCUCAGGGCCCGUACGCUAGCGCUCCUGUGGCUCCUGCCCGGCUUGAAGGAGAUGGAGGCUAUCCAUACCCUGCUCAGUCUCUUGGCCUCAGCGGUGACGGCAGCAAGAGCGCCAGCAAGCACGGCGCAACGUAUGGAGCUCCACAAGCAGGCUACGUCCCACAGCUUGGUGCAAGUCGAGAUGCGUUGGGAGAGCAAGCCGGCAAGUAUGGUGCAGGAACCGGACCGCUCGCAAGUGGAUACAAAGGCUGAUGGAAAUGACCACCAUCAUUCAAAUCUUUUGUGUUUUUUUAUUUUUGUAAUCUUUAUGCGUAACUGGCUUUUGUUAAGCAUUUCUACUUGCGGCUGGUGACGGCGACAAAAAACGUGACCGAUGUAUUUGAAAAUAAAUGUGGAAAAUACAUGACCUGAUAAUGUAUUUAUUUGAUCCCGCAUGGAAGCCCAAAUCAUGCAAAGUAGAUGCGUGUCAAACCGAGUUUACCUUCACACCUCGCCCGUGUCAACUGUCACACUUGACGCCACAUUUCUUCACAGGAAAUGUCACCACUUCCUGUUUUAUGAGCGCCAAUGCUGCUUGACGGGAGGCCCAAAAAUAAUCCACCAAACACUUUGCGCUCAUUUUUUUAUUGUUUUACAGUAAACACCACAUAAAUGCAUAAAAAGUAUUGAAGUCACAUGAGCUAGCUUGCACGCAGUAAUGAUGGUAAAAGCGCUCACUGUCCUGCUUUAACUACCGGGAGCAUUACACGUGAUUAUGUCAGCGGUUCAAGCACACCCAUCUCUAACAGGAUGUCUUGGGGGACAGGGUGAGCGUGGCGGGACACAUACAUGCUCUUCAGGCUCUGGCUCAUUGGCGAAGACUUGUAGUCCGUGCAUGUCUCACCGCCCAGGCUGGGAGCACAUCUCACGUCCCACUUGUAGAAGAACUGGCCGUGGUGCAUGGCGCACACGUCCUGCGUCUCUCCCGCCUUCAGGAUUUGCUCACAUUGUCCCAGGAGGUCGUCGUCCCAGCCGCUGUCCUGAUCCCACACUUCAAAUCUGACUUUCGGGGCUGCCGAUAGAUCUUGAGUGCCCAAGUCAAAGAUGGUGGCCCAGUGGGGGUUGUUGUUGUUGAGAAUGACGGGAGAGCGAUACGUCUGUUUGUUGAAAAACAUCUUCACGUAGCCGUCGGUGGCCGUGUUGUGGUCUCCCCAUAGAUCUGAAGCUCGUUGGAUGGUUAUGAUGACCCGGGCCAUGCCGGCUCGGCUCGGGCAGCAGUCCUGGGUUACUGCACGGUUGUUGUGGCAUUGGCAGACGCAGGGGUCCCUGGAGUCGCUCCUGAUGCCGUCCUGACAGCGCCCACUGCAGUUCAUGAUCAGACUCCUCUCCAGGAUGUAGUGGCUUAUGGCCGCUCGCAGGUUCCUCCUUGAGGGGCUGUUAGGCGGCAGCAACUCGUGCAGGGACUCCAGGGAAUAGGAAAUAAUGUCUGGGUAGUGUGGCACCGUUUCAAGCCAUUCCUUGUAGGCUGAUGGGUCUUUGCCUGAAGAGAAGAGAAGGUCCACGUCACUGGUGUGACCCCCCUUUAUAUCUGUGAACCUGUGGGAAAGACAGGAACGUUAAGGUUGGAUUUGGGAUGUGUGCAGAUACGGUCAAAGUAAUUUUACUCGUUUAGACCAAUCAGACCACCCAACCAGACACUGGGUGAUGUGUUGUAAGGCUGGGAGCUGGAGAAGGCCCAUUCAGAAGACUGAAGAAGUGAGUGGAAUGAAGCGGCUUGGUUGAUUGACACCUGUCGUUGAAGAGGCUGGAGAAGCUGGCCUUGCUCUCGGUCUUGUCGGUGUCGUUCUUGCAGUGU